UAUAUUAUGUAUGUAUUAUAAGGAUAAUAUACAUAUGAUAUACAGAUGCAGCAGUCAUGGAAAAACCAAACAUAAAAGCUUUGUUUAAUUAUUGCCGAAGAGGAAAAAUAAAUAAACUGAAGCAGCUCAUUGAAGAUAGUGAUAUUGAAUUGAAUAUAUGUGAUCAAUGGGACAGUACUCCACUUUAUUAUGCAUGUUUGUGUGGUCAUGAAAAAACUGUUGAAUACUUGUUACAAAAUGGGGCAAAAUGUCAAGCCAACACAUUUGCGGGAGAACGUUGUCUGUAUGCAGCACCAACUCAAAAGAUUAGGGAGAUUCUUAAAGAUUAUAGAGCAAUAACUAAAGAUUGCAUUCGAAGAGACAAUUAUGUGGGAUUCUUUAAUAGAUGUUUAGACAACCAAGCUUAUAAAGACUUUUGUUUUGUUGUCCAUGGCCGUCAUUUCUUUGUACACAAAGUUAUUCUGGCAUCAAGAUCAACGUAUUUCCUAAAUAUGUUUGAAACGAAAUGGAAAUGUAAGAAAUACCUCCAUAUCAAACACAAACUCGUAACAAUUUCAUCAUUCCAAUAUAUGUUACAGUAUGUAUACACAGAUCGUAUUGAUGUUCCAAUAUGUGAAAUAAGUGAUUUGAAAAGAUUGAGCAGACAAUGUCAUCUCUUUGAAUUGGAAAAAAAGCUGGAUGAAGCACACAGACAUUGCUACUUUUAUACUGGUACCAAACCCAAGAUGAUGAAAGAUAAUGUGUCCAUAUUGAGCAUACAGCCAGAAUUCAAUUCCUCAGCUUUAAGUGAAUCUUACAUGUAUUUAAUGCAUUAUUGUAUUCCUCAAAAUAUCAAUAUAAAAAGAUAUCCAGAGGAAUUACCUGAUAUAUUUUUCAUCGAAUUGCCAGAGUUUGAAGAACACUCAUCCCCAGAAGGAAAGAGUGAUGUUACUGAAACAAAUAGUUUUCCUUACACUGAUAUUUGUUUUCAAGUCAGUGGACACACUUUCUAUGGCCACCAGUUGUUUUUUCGUGGACGGAGUGAUUAUUUCAACUCGCUCGCUCACUUCAAUGAAUUAUCUUCACUGGAUAACCAACGUCAUAUACCAACAAUCACCCUAAAUGACGUCACACCGGAAGCGUUUGCCGUCAUAACAACGUUUAUAUACACAAACCAAUGCGAUAUACCUGAUGAAACCAUUUUGGAAUUGUUGCAUUUAUCUUCCUUGUAUUUACUUCCUACACUAAAGAAGAAGUGUGCUAAUAAGUUGUCCGCCAUGUUGGAUUGUGAAAAUAUAGUGGCCAUUUAUCAACUGUCAAGGCUGUAUAAUCUAACGUCUUUGGAAACGUCUUGUUGUGAGUUUAUGGCUAAUCAUUUGCACGAGGUUAUCGAUAGCGAUGAGUUUAGUGAGCUGGUUCUAGCCGAUGCGACGGAAAUCAAAAAUCGUGAGGAAACUGAUUCCAUCCCUGUGAUUGAUGAUAUUCGAUUUCAACUUCACAACUCCGCCCUACCAGGUAUGCAAUCUGCCGACAUUUGUUACGGAAGUUCCGCUGAUCAAAAAUUUGAAUUGUUGGAGAAAUUGCUGCUCCGUCUCGGCCUUGAUGCUUGAUUGCGAACGUUCUGAAAUUUCAUGUUUCUCGACAAUAUUUUUUAACAAAGCAUAAGAAGAACUUUUCAGGUGUUUUACUGUCUCACAGUUUAAUUUUUUUUUUUUAUUAUUUCAUACAAUUAGAAGCAUUUUGUUUUUAGUCUCUCUUUCAAUUGAGUAGAAAAUUUAAACUCCGAAACAGCCCUAUUUUUAAAGUACUUAAUUUAAAAAUUUAAAAAAAUAUAUGAACGUCGUCAUAUAUUUUGUUAUAUAAGUCAAAAACUUUCAAUCAAAGAUACGCAUGAAUCUUUAUUGUUAUACUAUAUUAUAUUAUAUUUGUUUCUCUUGUACUAUAUUUGUUUCUCUUGUACUAUAUUUGUUUCUCUUGUACUAUAUUUCCAAGUGUGAUAUUAGUUGUUUUAGCACGUUUUAAAACCACUAACAGUUUCAUAUCUUUCUCACUGUUGUAAUAUACAUGUUUUGAUAUCUUAUCUACGUUAUUUUUUCACAAUUAGCUGCGUUUUAUUUUAUUUUCAAUUUAAUUUUUGUCGCACGUGUUGCGUCUUGGAAUUAUAUAUAUAAUAUGUACAAUACUUUGUAUUCUUGCUAUAAAUGUUUAUUCUAUUUUGUUGAAAACCAAAAAUUAUUCUAAAUUUCCAAAAAAAAUCAAAACAAACCGCCGCCGCCAUAUCUUUUAAAGUAUAAAACAUUUAAUUUUCUUCUGAAAAAGCUUUCCGUCACCAUCAUAUCUAUAAUCGGGUUUAUGGUCAUUUCAAAUUGCAGUGCAGGUAGAAGUACCGCAGCAUUGGCUUUAUAUUUUGGUUUUGAUAUGCAACUACAGUUGACUCUCCCUAAUUCGAAUUUCCACGGGGAAAAGUUUCUGUAAUUCAAACUUUCAGCUUCAGAGAGUGAAAUUUGAAUUACAGAGAGAAAUUACGUUAUUUCAAAAUCAAGAAAACAAUUCAUUCAAUCUUUAUUUUUAUAGUUUACACAAAAAAGAAACUCUAUUUGAUCUAUUCGGGUUGCAUCACUAAUUGCUUUUCUCAGGUCUACAAAUUGAAUUUGUUAAAGCCCUGUUUACACUCUAAAAUUUGAACUAGGGAGAGAAUCGUGCUGAAAAAACUGAAAAACUGUUCGAAUUAUAGAAAGUUUUAAAUUAUAGAAAUUCGAAUUAGAGGGAGUCAACUGUAAUAUUAUUAUGUUUUUCGUUGUAGAUUUAUAACUUAUAAAUCUUGCCUGGCAUGUUUCAGUA